AUGACGCCUCAGGCCGUUGCAAAGUUUCAGACAAGUAGUUUUGAGACACAAGUGCACCAGAAAUCAUCGGAUUCCUCGUCCGCAACAACUAUUAUCGCUGACGACCGCCUAGGAGGGAAAAGGGAUGAAGCGUAUCCGAAAGUCGAAGAUCACAGUCAGGCGCAUACGCAACGAGGAGCUUCUUCUGAGGAAGUUCAAUUUAUCAAGGAAGAACGGAAUUCUUUAAACGAAGCGGGUCGCGAAAAUGGAGAGUAUCUCCGACGAAAAGCGGCUGAGCGGGACGCAGUUCAAGCGCUAGCAAAACUUGGGAUGCUCCAAGCGCGCCCCCCAUCUCCUCCGCUGGAGAAGAAAAAGCCAAUCAAAUUCAAGGAUGCUGUUGGUCGGAAAUUUUCUUUCCCAUUCGAGUUGUGCAGUACCUGGCAGGCUACAUGGCCAUUGACCUCGGCGUUUGAUACAGGGAAUGGAGGAUCUUAUUAA